AUUGAAAAUUUUCCAUUUUCGCCCUUUCUACUUUAUAUUCCAUUUACCCACAAAAGAAUGGAUCCUUAUUCCUAAUAUAAGUUUUCUGAUCCUUAUAUUUAUACUCCUUCUGGUCGACACAACCAAACCCCACUUUUCCUUUAUAGCCCCUCCUCUCACUCCCUAGCUCUUUGUGGCAGCCAGAUCAGUCCAAAUAUGGCAGAAGAAGUUCAAGGGCAAGGGCAAGAUCAGCAUCAGCAUCAGGAAGAGUUGAAAGAAGCAAAGCACAGAAAAAGAAUCUAUCCUUCCCAAUACUACUCAAAAAGCACUCACCGAUCCGUUUGCGCAUGCAUCUCCAUCUUCCUUCUCAUGAUCGGUGUCGUGGCUCUCAUCCUCUGGCUUGUCUACCGCCCCACUGACCCCCAAUUUACGGUGGUCAGUGCCGCCAUAUACGACCUCAACAUGUCAUCUCCGCCGUUGCUGUCCACAACUAUGCAGUUCACCAUCAUUACAAGGAACCCGAACAGGCGAGUUUCAAUUUAUUAUGAUAGACUGACUGCCUUCGUAUCGUAUAGGAACCAACAGAUAACGUCGCAGGUGAUGCUACCUCCGCUGUUUCACGAAAAGCGGAGCACACUGGCGAUGUCGCCUGUGCUAGGUGGUGGGGCGGUGCCAACGUCGUUGGAGGUGGUAAAUGGGUUAGUAACGGAUCAGACAAUUGGGGUUAUAGGGCUGAGAGUAGCCUUGUUGGGAAGAAUAAGAUGGAAAGCUGGGCUUGUAAAGACCGGACAUUAUUCUGUAUAUGUGAGAUGUGACGUGUUGGUAGGUGUGAAAAGAGGCCUGGUGGGUCAAGUUCCAUUGCUUGGAUCUCCUGCUUGCAAAGUAGAUAUUUAGUUGGGCUGGUCUUCGUUGUUAAUAUUUAAUAAACUCCUCUAUAGUUGUUUUAGUACUCAGUUUAUGGAUAUAACUUUUAUUUUUGUUGAAUAUCAAUCUGUGUACUCGAAAAUUAGGUGGUAUGCGCUGGCGGCCACUUGUCAACUGUCAUUACUGUUUACCAUACAAAUUAAUGUAAUAAAAAGUGAUAUUUAUCCCCGAAA